CUUUUUCAAAGGCAUUACUUCCAGUGGAAAGGACUAGUUUCCAGAACAGCCAUGAAACCGCCUGGUGAAGAAGAGAGUCAGCGGCUAGGCACACUGUUGCUCAACACCCUGGCAAGAGAAAUGCGUCUUUGGAGAGCACCAGUCCUUAAGAACGGUUGCAUUCAGGGUUCAGAUAUCAGCCCACCUCAGUACCAGGAGGUGAUCGUGUGGUUGCGUGAAAUGAGCAGCCUAUUCCAGUUUUCCUCCGAGACGUUUGCUUUGGGAGUCUAUGUUCUUAACAGCCUGCUUGCAGCAGUCAAAACUCAGCAGAAAUACCUCAAAUGCGUGGCCAUCACCUCUCUGAUCCUUGCUGCAAAGAUCAACGAGGAAGAUGAGGUGAUUGCAUCGGUUAAAGACUUGCUGGAGCAAAGCAGAUGCAAAUUCUCAACAGCAGAGAUUCUUCGCAUGGAGCGAGUCAUAUUGAACAAGCUGCACUGGGACCUUUUCAUCGCCACACCGAUGGAUUUCAUUCACAUUGUGAGUCGCAACUGACGUGUCUGCAGAAAUCAUGCAACUCUUUUAAUGUUGCAAACAUGAGCAAAAACUGACUUUUGGUCCUUGACGUUGUGCAUGUGAAAAAAGCCGCGACGAGUUGCAUGCGGUGCGUAUUCGGCAAAGGCACUAAUCUGGCUUGUACUUUAGCAGUAAAGCAGAUAGAUAACCCUGCAAAACAUCUCCAAUACAAAUAUCCUCUCAGAAAUAGGAACUAUCUUCAUACUUCGUCUUUCCUACAUUGUGGGGUUCAGUUGAAACAUCUAAAAAUAUGACUGAUGUUCUUUGCACAAGUUAGUGUGGCAUAGACACGGUCGAGGGCUGCGUUUCCCAAAAGCAUCGUUGAUCGCAAGUUCCAUUGAAUUCUGUUGGUAACUUGCGAGCAAAUUGCUUUUGGGAAACGCUCCCCAGAUUAAUCCGAGCAACAGUUAACACAUGGAGAGCAAUUGCUGUUUUAGCACACUACAGACAGUCAUAAAAUAGCCACUAGAAGUGUGAAGUAUGUGAAACGAGACCCUGUUAAAAAUACGAUCCUGAUGCUUAAAACAAAUUUCGAAAAUUUAAUUAAUAUAUGGGAGAAACUCAUGAAACAUGGGUAUUAUUUCACCCCCAAAUCAAACUGAUAAAUAUAUUUUGGAUAAAGAAAACGAAGCCUGUUUUAGGACCGUUAGGAUAUUUUGUAUGGGAAUUCAAAUUUAAUAGAAUUUACCAAAAAACUGCACAUUUAAAGGCUGUUUUUGGUGUGAAAAAGCAU